UCUUUCCCGACAUCCCGGUCAGCAAACCCGGGUGAAGCCGAGGAAGCACGGAAACCAGAUGUCCUGUGUUUUAUAACGAACGUACCCGGCGCGUCUCUGUCACUCGUUUGCACGGCGUGUGGAAUUGAAUUGAGUCUCCUUUCAGGUUGGGCUCUGUUAAGGUCACUCAAAUCUGUUUUGUUUUCUGUUAAGCGAGGUCGAGUGAAAAACAGAUAUGGUGUUCCUGACGUUGUCUUGCUGGAUCAGAAGCCGGGGACCCGACCGAUACUGGAAAGUGCAAGAAGUUCUCAAGCAUGCGCGGCACUUCAGAGGCAGACGGAACCGCUGCUACACUCUGGCUGUGCGGGCGGUACGCAGGGCUUUCGUCUACGCCACCAAUGCACGGAGGCUCAAGAAACGUAACAUGAGAACGCUCUGGAUUACACGCAUUGCAGCAGCAUCACGGGAGCACGGCAUGAAGUAUCCUGUCCUGAUGCACAACCUUACAAAGACCAGCGUUCAGCUGAACCGACGUGUUAUCACUGACCUCGCUGUCACAGAACCUCGGUCAUUCCUCUCACUUGCUAAGCUGGCACGGGCUCGGCAACAAGAGGGCUUCCGUGCAGCGCUGGGUGAUGGCAAAGAGCCGCCUGGUGUCUUCUCCCGCAUUGUUUCACUACAAUAAAGGACUUGCUACGGUUAAGGAUUUCCAGUUGCUGUGUGGUUUAAAGAGCAGCUCUCUUGGAUUGUUGAGAUAAUCCUGAAGAGAAUGUGAUUGUCAAUUUCCAUAACUCUCCCUGUGUAUAUCAUAUGCAACCUUUAUUAAGUUAUGGUUUGAUGCUGUUGCAUUGUGAGUUUUUUUUUUCCAGGAAGAAAAAAAGACUGUUUUCAAGCUUUAUCACAUGACAACUUUUGUCUCUGUAAAUAUAUGUUUUACCCUUUGUUGUGGUAAGAUUGUACUGAUAAUGUUUAGUUCAUUAAACAUUUUGA